UAGUUAUUUAAUUGAAGGUGUUGUUUUCUGUUCUUUCUUUGUUGAUUCAAUAGGUUCACACCUGUUGAGCUUGCAUUCCUGGCCGAAUACAUGAAGACCAUGGCCCCGGUGGCGAAGGCCCUGGAUGUCCUGCAGGGCGAUACGAAUGUGCAGAUGGGCUGGUUGGUGCCAACGAUCACAAUACUCAAGAAUAAGCUCCAAAACCUCCGCCUUGCCACCAAGUUCUGUAGGCCUUUAAUUGAUGCUCUACUAAAAGGCCUUGAGAAGCGUUUCGAACACGUCCUCACAGAACCAGAGCUGAUCACUGCUGCAAUUCUCGUGCCCAAAUUCAAGACCAGCUGGACAAAUGACGACUACACCCUGAGACUCGGCCUUGACUACAUCAAAAGUCACUUGAAGGACCAAGCUGAGGACAAUCAAGCUGAGAGCUUGCCUUCUUCUUCUUCAGAGGAGGACUUCUUUUCUUCAAUCAAACAGCCCAGUUCCCAAGAAAAGGCCAAACAGCUGGAGACUUACCUUGGCUCCCCAGGUGAUACAAUGGAAGCACUUAAGACUUUUCCACCUAUUUGCAACCUUUCCUUGAGGCUUAACACUGCACUCCCAGCCUCAGCUGCAUGUGAGAGACUGUUUAGUGUAGCGGGACUGAUCUUCCGUCCAAAAAGGGCACGUAUUGAUCACAAGAACUUUGAGAAUCAGCUUCUUUUGAGGCUCAACAAAGCAUUCUGGUAGUCUUAUUGGGUAUGCUGUCUUGGGGUCUUGAUCGUCAGUUAUGACAACGGGGAAAACGUGUUUUAUGCAGUAGGAUUUGA